AUGCAGAACAUGGAUGCCGUUCUUCGAGUUCUCCGGGCGUUGUAUGAUGUCUUCAACAUGAUCGUCUACGUUGUUCGAACAGCAUGCUGGCUAUUUGCCUGGAUUUUGCUGUUACCAAUUUUACUGAUGUAUUUGUACGACUUAUCCCUCUACGCAGUCAGACUGAGCACAGGCAAGUCCUCCCAUCCUGAAGAUGACAUAGACCAAGUGCCCGUGGACCGAACCCUCAACAAGCCGCUGAAUACGGAUGAUGGUUCAGCCAUCGUUGUGACAGGCGUUCAGAUCGUAACUAGUGAUUCAUGA